CCCCCACGUCGGUUGUCGGCCACCGGGAGGGGAUGGCACGGCGGGUCGGGCUCCGGGGUGGCCUGCUCCAUGGGUGCCAUCGCUGUGGAAGUGUGGUUAGCAACGGAACCCUGACACAUGGCAGCUCGGGGGGAGCGCAGGCCAUGGCUGCCGGCCAGUUAAAUGUCCCCCCCCGGUCAGGGGUGCGCGAUAUUGGCCACUGUUCCUGUCACAGACACACACCUCUGGAGGCCUUUGUGCUCUGAAAUCAACUUAGCCUGGCGAUGGAAGCGGGUCCCAUCGUGACGUCCAAGCAGCGGGAGGAGGUGGUACACGGCGUCCCAACGGAGGUGGUCUGCACGGCCUUCUCCAACUCCGUCCUCGUGGUGGUCACGCAGUACGGCAAGAUGGGGACCAUCGUCUACGUGGACCCCAACACUGUCGGGGACAACGUGGGCCGGCCAUCGCUCACCACAAAGGUGCUGCUGGGCAAGGAUGAGCCUCUCGUCCACGUUUGUGCCAAAAACCUGGUGGCGUUCGUGUCUCAGGAAGCCGGGAACAAACCUGUUCUUCUGGCCAUGGCUUUAAAGGACAAGACCGUGGAAGGAAUACAGGCUCUACGGGAAGUGAUCCGGAGUUGCCAAGUGUGGUGAAGUUGUGCCAUCUGGAUUCAAGGAAAUGAUCUUGAGUCCAUGACUCAUCGCCACUUAUUUAAAAGGACGAGAAAUGAAAAUGAUGGAAUGUCUUUGUGCUGGUUUUGGACGUACUGAGGAAUUUCGCGGAUUUUUCUCUACUGUGUAGAACGCGUUUUGGGUUCUGUUACUGUGACAGGUUUGCAGUCCCUACAGUCAGGGGACGAGACACGAUUGUCUCGACGUACAAGAGAAGGAUUAUUUUUAUCCCGUUGGGUGGGCUGUGUGUUUGGGAACGGGCAGGGCUCUGUGCUCCAGUCCUCAGGAGCGACAGAUGCCAAGCUCUGUAGCGACGCCGGACCGCAAAGGGGCAACACCCAGCGCAGGGUGAAUAAAAGAAACAUUGACAAAUCUAA